AUGCAAAUCAAUUGCAAGGAACAAGACAAAAGAAAGAGAAAGAGAUUAUUAAACUCAAAUUACGGAAGUGCUCAAAGUAUUCAAGGUACUCGGUGUAUUUAUUCAAGGUUUGAUAUGCAAGGCACAGUUAAUAUUAAAGAUUUUUAG